UGCAAGAGGAGGGCAUUUGCGUUGACUUUUAUUGCAUGCCGUUAUCUGCAGCCAUAAAUGUACUUGUGAAAGAAACGAUAAACUACUCAGUAACUGAGCAGAGUUGCAGCGAAUAGUUGGCAUUUCAUAUUGAAAGUAAGAAAAGAAAACUCACCUGGGCAACAUUUGAAGGUAAUUAAAUCGACACAAAUAUGAACAGCGGAACGCGUAAUUUGUUGUUGCUCUCAUCGUCGCGCCUGCAUGGACAUGGCUUUUUGGAGCAUGCACGCGCCCAGCUGGAGGAUCUGUUUCAGGCCAAGAACGUGAAAACGGUGCUCUUUGUGCCGUAUGCCCAGCGGGAUCAUGACAAGUACACGGCAACGGUGCGCGAUGCACUGCAGCCGUGGGGCUAUGCUGUUGAGGGGCUGCACACGAAAACGGAUCUGGGACGGGCGCUGCGCGAGGCACAGGCCAUCUUUGUGGGCGGCGGCAAUACGUUUGUGCUGCUGAAGCAGCUGUACGAUCUGCAGCUGGUGGAGCUGAUACGCGAACUGGUGCUGCAGCAGGGCCUCACCUAUGUGGGCAGCAGUGCCGGCACUAAUGUGGCCACACGCUCCAUACACACCACCAACGAUAUGCCCGUGCUGCAGCCGCCCAGCUUUGAGGCGCUGGCCCUGGUGCCGUUCAACAUCAAUCCGCACUACCUGGAAACGGAGGCGAAUAGCCAGCACAAGGGUGAGACGCGCGACGAACGCAUCUCCGAGUUUAUCAGCUAUCAUGAACGGCCUGUGCUGGGGCUGCGCGAGGGCACCAGUGUGCGCGUCCAGGGCGAUCAGGCAACGCUCCUAGGCGAACGCAAUGCGAAGCUCUUCAAGCCGGAUGGCUCUGCUGUCGAGUAUGCUCCUCAGUCUGAUCUUAGUUUCCUGCUGCAGCCCUGAGACUGAUCUAUAUAUAUAUAGUAAUACGAAAUAUUGUGCAACAUUUAAGCAUUGUUUUAUACAACAAUUAUAUAUAUAUAUAUACAUACAUGUAUAUACAUCGGCAUGUUCGGGAUGGAUCAAUCUUAUGGGCAUUGGCUCUAUCAUGGUUAAAACUAUGAUUAAACAUCUUACAAUAUGCAAUAUAGUGUUAUGUUCCCUAUAUAUACAUCAGCUAGAAUAGACAACCUGAAGAUACGUUCGUUUGUCCAAGUCAAAUCAAAGUUUGAACAAGGUAAUAAAAAUUGCCUAAGAUUGACGCUUACGACUUCUAUGAAGACGGAAACGAUGGCCAAUUAGUUAUUAUCAUACAUAGUAGAAACUUGUAAUAUUGAAAGUCAGGUUAAAUAAGUUCAGCUAGACUGAAAUUAAUCUCACCUGUUCGAUUGACAGUAAAUCUCUUAGAAUUAAUUCUCGAAAACGCAGCAAUUACAAAUUUUCAGAGCGUUUCUUAAACUUGAUUAAUGCGUAUAUAUAUAUAAAAAUGUAGUGUAGUUUUAUUUCAUUUUUCACGCCCUUAUUUUAGCUUUAAUAAAAGUUCUUGACGCAAUUAAUGAUAUGCCAAACGAAA